AUGUCGAACAAGCCGUCGCCAAACUGGCUGUCGAAACUAAGACGAUCGCCGAGUGAGUACCAUUCCAUCCCGUUCAAGAUCCACGAGAGUCGAGACCGUCGGAUCGAUGCAGAACCUUCCUUCCCAAUGCAGCACGAGUUAGAUUCCCUCAUUUCCGAUUCUUUGAUUCUUUUCCCACCGUCAACCAAUCUUCACCCAACGGGCAUUUGUCUCCCGGCAACCGAGCAUCCCGAUGGCCGGACGACUUAUCCCCGCGCAACUGAAACCACGCAAUCGUCUGAAGGAGGAGGGGAUGUCGACAAUGAUGCCAAAGCCAGACGCCGGGAGCAGGUCAGGCGGGCGCAGAGACGCCCUUCAUUGAACACAAAUGCAGCCUGGGCUAACUACUUGAUCACGUCAACCAACAGAACCCACCGCGACCGCAAAGCGACGUACGUCAAGACACUGGAAGCCGAAGUAGCAAAACUGCGAGCCCGUGAUUCCGCGCACGAGGCCGAACUCCUCGCCUACCGCAUGACCAUCCGCCGACUCAAAGAAUUGAUCAAGUAUCACAAAAUCCCGCUCCCCCAGGAUCUGGCAUCGGAUCCGAAUUUCCAGAGCCCGCAGGCGACGAUUGAAUUACUUGGAUUCCCCAACCAUCAGACCAUUCGUGCCCAGAUGCCGCCUCCUGAAUCGUACUUCCUGGGGGGCUCGUCUUCGCCACUGCAGCAGCAGCAGCAAGUCAAUAAUAAUAUAUUAUCGUCGUCCGCCGACCUCUCAUACACCAACAACCCUCUUCAGUCCGCCGGCUCGACCACAUCCUCGAGCGAUCUCUUCUCGGGCCUGACCAUCAGCGAAGCACCGACCUCGCUGCACGCGCCGUCCAUCUAUUCCCAAACCGCCAGCUCUGCUCCGCCCGCUCCGCCGAUUUCCACCACAAUGCCCCAUCCGCAAGGACUCGGCGCCACGCAGGUGGGAGUCGACUUUGUGCUCGCCCUCGAGCACGUCUGCCUAGAACAUCACACCGAACACGCCAACGCCGACGACGGUUCCGGCCACGGCAUGAUGCUCAUGAGUCCCAUCAUGUGGCACAGUCCUGCGCCUCAAGCCACGGGCCGCACCACAACACGACGACAGCAACAACAACAACAACAACAACAACCCAGUCCAGCAGCGACGAGACUCACCGCACAGGCACCGCCACCGGCACAGACGAGCUCCGGUCUCCCCUCGGGCACACGCUGGUCCGUCCCCGCAAUCGAACUGGAGAAACUGCUCGACUUUUCGGACAGACUGUCUCUGGAAGGGGAGAUCACGCCGGUCGAAGCGUGGCAGCGGAUCCGACAACAUCCCAACUUUGACGGCUUGACCAGGGACGGGCUGGAAACUCUGAAGCAGACGCUCCUGCCCGAAGUGACGUGUUACGGGUGA